UUUAGACUCUUCCAACCGGAGCUUUCUGCGAAUUUAUGUCGCCCAGCCUCAUUCUGCUGUGGAUGUAACACUAGAUACGACUGUGAAUAAGGAUUUAGCCUAAAAUAGCUGCGAACACAGACAGUCCCAGUCCCGGGGAGGACGCCCCCUCGUACCGGAAGUGGGCGUGUCCUCCGCCCAGCAGAGGCCACCAGCCGCUCCGCCAUUGGUUCCAGCUUCGCCGAGAUUUUGGUUUAAAUGUCUGGCGGCGUCAACAAAGCGACACGGGCUCACUCCAAGAGAGACAGGAUGGUGACCAAGAGGAUCCGUUCGGAGUACAUGAAGAAGUUCAAGGACCCCAAAUGGGAGACGUACACCAGGUGUUACGAGGAGAUGCUGAAGUACCGGCUGAGCCGCAGGCUGCUGGAGCACACACACAGCCCCUGGUUCUGGAGCGGCUCCGACAGCGACUCGGACAACGGAGGCGGCGCGGCGACUCCGCCCGGCAGGAGUCACGUCCGCCCGGAGGCCCAGGGGGACAGGACGGGACAGGCUGCCGAGGGCGAGGGCGUCAGGACGGACAGACAGCAGAGGCAGCAUGAGACCCCGUCCAAAACCACGGUGAUGGUGCCAAAGAUUCCCCUGCCGGUGGAGGAAGACAAUGUGUCCUCCAGGAUUCCUGCAGAGCAUGGUGCCGAGGAUGAAGGUGAAGGAGAGACCAGAGCUCCAGAGGAGGAGAGAGAGGAGGAUGAGCAGGGGGAGGAAGAGGAGCAGAGGGCCAGCAGAAAAGGAAGUAAACACUUAAUCUCUCAAAAGGAGCAAGAACAAGAGAGGGACCGUGGAGCCGGCCACCGACAGCAGACCAAAACCUCCAAAGGCUCCAGACCCAGCUGGCGUGCCUCGCGGGUCAGGCCCGCACCGCUACAGGUGCCCAGAGAGGACAAUAAGGAGAGCCGACAUCCUUUUGCCCUGUACGGCUGUGGGGAGAGGGAUGCAGAUAUGGCGGCCAGGAAGACGCACAAUGUUGGACCUGCAGCUUCCACCACAGAGAUCCACGAGUCGGCUCUGCGGGCCAAGACCAGGCGGGAGGUGGAGCGCCAGAUCCAGACCCAGAGAGCCGAGCGCCGGAGAGCCAAAUCUGCCGAUGUGGACAAGAGCAGAACAAAGCUGACUCAACCGGAGUUCAACCCCUGGCUCACCGAGUACAUGCGCUGCUUCUCCGCUCGCUCCCGAUAGGACACACACUCACACACACACACACACACAUACACAAGUAAACGCAAACACACCCCCGUCCAGAGGAAGAAAAGAAAAGGAAAGGAUGCUGCUGGACCAGAAAAAAUGACCAAAUGGAGCCGAUAUUGCCUCCAGAGUUGAAAUAUCUACGAAUGUAAACGUUUUGCAAAGACCUCUUUUAACACACACCGGCUUCGUUGUUGCUACACUUUAACUCCAUUCCUCCAGAAAGGAUCGACCAAUCAAAUCAAUACAGGGAGACAGACAGAUAAGUUAGAAUAAUGAGCGACUCAUACAAAAGCAAAAAGUGACUAACGUUCAAACCCUGACAUUCACGGUGUGGCUUAUUUAUCCAGGAAUCUGCAGGCACAUUUUCUGGGUGUCAUAAAAAUAGAAAGCCAUUUUGCUAAUGCACAACACAAAAAACAUUGAACUGCAAAAGACCUUUAUGAGAAAAUGUUCUACUCGGGCUUUUAAUACAUUCAUACAAACCCUCUCAGAAUCUUCUACACACGUUACAGCCAUACUUUGAUGCAGAUAAUAAAGGUACUUGUCCCUUUAAAUACGCUGACGUAGGGCGCAUAGAUAUACGUCUACAAAUUUGUACAGAGCGGGAGACGAUUUGAGGGAGGAUGACGGCAGAUGGCACUGUCACUUAUUAGAUGCAUCCUUUUGGUAAAUACAGGAAAACAAGAAGUUGUUCAACGGUUGAAUCAGUUACUAUACACACACACACACGCAGGCUUUUUGUGUAUUUAUGCUCAGAACAAAGCAUUGAUUAUUUGAUUGAUAUGAAGUAUAAGUAUAUUUAAAAGUUUUACAUCUGUGAUUUUUAGAUUGUUUACUGCAGCGCUCUGGUUUCUGUAAAUUUAAUGCUUUGUGUCUUGAAAUAAGGCUUGGAUCACUCUCCACUGAGUGUCCCGUGGCUGUAAUCAUGUGGUUUAAUCUCUGCGCCGCCACACUGCACUCAUGUAAAAUAACCACAAUAACACGGCGACUUCAUCUUUCAUAACGCCACUGAAACCACAAAAUGAACUUAAUGUGUUUUUAUAACAAGUAUUUGGGCUUUUUACAUGAAGUGAUGUGACAGCAAUCGAUGAGCUUGGUGCUAACAGUUUAUGAAAAUGCAUGAUGUGUGAAUUUUUCAAAGCCAUGUGAUGAGCAGAGUGUUGACGCUGCAGUGUUGUUGUUUUUUUUUUUUUUAAAGCGGUUGUGGGAUCCCAGCAAGAUUUUUCAAUCAUCGCUUGGAACGUUUUACAAUACAGAUUUUGUAAUGUGUAAUUUAACUGAUUUCCCCUUUCAAACAUAACAAGGGCCGCUGACGAGACUGAUUGCCUUCAUCAGUCAGCUGUAGAACCAAAAGUGGAUGGAAGUAAAGCCAAAACCCUGAUUGCCUCCGGUCGCCACUACUAUUUAAAAAAAAAAAAAAAAAACUAGAGCAGACGUGGUUAAAUAUAGCUGUUUUUUUCUGCUUUCUGUUUUAAUCUGCACAUAGAGCCAAAUCUCUUUGUAAAUACACACUCUUGUAAAUCACAAUCAAAUCAGCACUUUGCUAAUUAGAGCAAUCACUUCGCUGAAAUCCUAUUUGUACAGAGCAUUUUGUGAACUGUUUGGAUUUUCUGCUUUAGUUGUUUUGAGAUGCUGAUUUUUAUUGGAAUUUGGCAUUGGACAUAUUUCUGUGAAUGUAUUUUCCCGCAUCAGAUAAUGCUAGCUGUACUUACACACAAAAAUAAUAAUGAGAGGUCUCAGUUUGCAUUCCUUUACUUCUGGCCCUGUGUGCUUCACUCUGGGAGAACCUGCAUUUUUUUUUUUUUUUUUUUUUUUUUUUUUUUUUGUUCUGCUUUGCUUUGCUGUUGCAACUCUGAGUUCAGUAUUAUUUCAUCUCCUUCACUUUGUAAUAAUUACAUUUUCAGUACUACAGUACAGAACAGUAGUGUUAUUAUUUGGUUUACUGAUUAUUCUGCAAUCUAAUAAUGAGAAAUCCAGGUCUAGCUUCAGCAAAUAGUCUUUACCAGAGGCAUUUGUGAAAUUUUGUGCAAUAUUGUGAUGCUCUAAAAUAGUCGCUUCAGGGUCGUAUAUUUAUACACAUUACGGGCAUUUCUUGGACAAUCUCAGAAAACAGUCGCCAAACAGGGUAGAUGGCUAAUUAGAUUCACUGAUUCUUUAUUCUCAUAUGUUUUGUUUUACCGGCUGUUAACACUGCAGAGAAAUGUUGCUUUUGCUGAAGAGACAUUUUACUGUGUUUCAAUAAAUUCACGCAGCUGUGUUUACUGCCAUGUCAUCAGAAAUGGUUUUUCAAGGUUUACCUGUCAGUUUGUAGAUGCUGAGUUUGGUUAGUGAACUCGUCAUGCAGCCCGUCACUUGUACGUUGCACAGACUAGGAGAGUGUUUUCCCACAUUGUCAGGAUUUGAACGGGUGUAAAGGAGAUGUCGAUGUGGCUGCUGACUGUGGCUAAAGUGCUUUGCCCACAGGCAAAUCUCUGGAGGCUGGUUUUAGAGAUGAGUAGGGACCAAAAAAAAAAAAAGAGAGAGAGAGUGAGAGAGAGAGAGCUCCUGUCGCACACCCACAGCUGGGACUCGAGUUGAGUUGUGGAGUUACUUCUGAUGAUUCCCACAUCAUGAACCUGGGCUGCAGGUCGACUCAAAUUCACUCCCGUUGGGUUCCAGAGAGGAAAAGUUCAAGAGCCUCUGACCUAAAGGAAAACUACUAACCACUGAUGACUGGUGAAAAUUUGUACAUUCUGAUGUUUAUAUUUUUAGGCUUUUAACAUUUAAGAUGACAGCUGUUGCGCUUGAUUGACACGGUGCAAAAUAUUUAAUAAAUUAAUCUCUUUUA